AUGACUUCAUCCUCUUCUCCCUCCCCCAAUCCAAAUCACAAUCCCAAUCUUUCCCUCCAUUUGACAGAUUUAUCACUUACCCCCCUCAUUUCAACUUCCUCCUCUUCCCACCCCUCCCACUCCAACUCCCACGCCAAACCACCUCAAUUUCAAUCCCUCACAACUUUAACAUCCACCGCUCUCUCUGCAUACAAUGCCUCGCUACAUCUCAACCUCGGAUCUCCGCAACGAAUAAUUGUUGAAUCCGCUUCAUCGGGUCCCAUCCUUCUCCAUUCCUUUAUUUCUUCUACAUCUUCUACCCCCCAUUCCACCUCCAGUACCCGCCAUCGCAGCCGAUCUACACAUACCAAUGCACACGACACUCGAAUGAAUGGAUCAGAAAACCUGAAUGGGGUGUCGAACAAUCGAAGUUUAGAAAUUCUGUCUGCAGCCCGAGAGGAAAUGCGACCGUUAAGUGGCACGACUGAGGGAAGCCAUUCUGAGCAAGAGCGCCAUGAUGUAAGGGAUGAGGGGGCCCAGGCUCCAUUAUUAGUGGGAACGAUUGUAGCGAGAACAGCGGAGCAUGUAAGGGAGGCGAGGAAAGCGGCACAUAGAAUUGAGAUUGUCGCGCAUGGGUUUCAACGAGAGCUCACGAAAGAUACUAAAGUGAAGACGAUGGGCGAGGAUGAGAGCAUGGCUGGAGAGGGUUGA